AUGAAUAAACCAGAAUUGUAUUACAAAUCACACAAAGCUGCCAAACAAGAUGCAGGACAGCUGCUAACAAAUUUUGCCACUAAAUUGCAAUGGCGCGCCGAAGGAGGGGAUACUGUCAUAGAUAUUGGCUGUGGUCCGGGUGAUGUUUCUAUGGAUUAUAUUUUCCCGUUAAUGCCGUCAAAUUUUGGAAAACUUAUUUUUAGUGAUAUAUCGAUGACGAUGUUGGAUUGUUUUAAAAAUCAAUAUAAAAUUUCGGAGAAGUGCGGAUUCAAGCAAUUCGAUAUUCUUGGGGAAGUACCCAAUGAUAUGUUGGGCCAAUUUGAUCAUGUUAUAUCAAGUUUACUACUACAUUGGGUACCCGAUAAUAGAUUGGCCCUGGAGAAUAUGUAUAAAUUGUUGCGCCGUGAAGGUGGCGAUUGCAUUUUAGUAUUCUUUGGUUACAAUAACAUUUUCGAUGCCAACAACAUAAUGAGCUCGAAUCCCAAAUGGUCGCAGUACAUCAAAAAUGUUAAUCGCUUUGUGUCACCUUUACAUGAUAGUCCAGAUCCCAAGAGGACAUUUUAUAAAAUGAUGGAAGAUGCUGGAUUUUGUAAUAUUAGCAUUGAGGUGAAGGAGGGUAUUUAUUACUACGAUAAUUUGGAAAAUUUUAAAGAAAAUAUUAUUCCAGUUUGUGGUAUAUUUGAUUUCAUUCCCACAUCAAGGCAUGAGGAAUUUUUGGAAGAUUACUUCAAUGUAAUGGCCGAAACUGCUGCCCUGAAACGUAAAUUACCCAAGGAAGAUUUAAUGUAUACAAUGGCUGCAGAUAUGAUUGUGGCAUAUGGUCAAAAAAGGCCACGAAAUUCUAUAGAAUAA